CCCAAUUCAGCUGUAAAAAUUCAUCCACUCUACCUCGUACUGCUGCAGUCCCCUCACUAACGUCCCCCUCGUUCUGCCCCUCCCCCCACCACCGCCGUUUCGCUCCCAUAUUGCGCGUACGACGUCCCCACCCCGUCUCCCUUACAUCCCAUCAUACCUACAUAGGAGCUGACCCCCCGCCUUGCGUCUCUCAACUUCUGCUCCCGCUACACACACCGCACUCCCUCAACGCGAACAAAGAACCUCACAAUGGCUGUUGGAACCGUCCUGAUCACUGGUGGCACGGGCUACAUUGGCUCCUUCACCUCCCUGGCCCUGCUCGAGCACGGCUACGAUGUCAUCAUCGUCGACAGCCUGUACAACUCCUCCGAAGUGGCCCUCGACCGCAUUGAGCUUCUCUGUGGCCGCCGACCUGUCUUCUACAAGGUCGAUGUGACCGACGAGCAGGGCCUCGAUGAGGUCUUUGCCAAGCACCCUGCCAUCGACAGUGUCAUCCACUUUGCUGCCCUCAAGGCCGUCGGUGAGUCUGGCGUGAGACCGCUCGACUACUACCGCGUCAAUGUCGGCGGAAGCAUCUCCCUCCUCCGCUCCAUGGAGCGCAACAAUGUCCACAACAUUGUCUUCUCCUCCUCCGCCACCGUUUACGGCGACGCCACCCGCUUCCCCAACAUGAUCCCCAUCCCCGAGAAUUGCCCCAUUGGGCCCACCAACCCCUACGGCAACACCAAGUCCACCAUUGAGGCCGCCAUUACCGACUUUAUCAACGCCCAGCGAAACAACUUGAAGAAGGAGGGCAAGCCCCACGAGGCCUGGAACGGCGCUCUGCUCCGAUACUUCAACCCUUGCGGCGCCCACCCUAGUGGUGUCAUGGGAGAGGACCCUCAGGGUAUCCCCUACAACCUGCUGCCCCUCCUGGGCAGAGUUGCCACUGGCGACAUGAAGCAGCUGCUGGUCUUUGGCGAUGACUACGACUCCAAGGAUGGUACCGCCAUCCGAGACUACAUCCACGUCUUGGAUCUGGCCCGUGGUCACCUCGUCGCCCUCAACUACCUCCGCGAGCACAACCCCGGUGUCAAGGCCUGGAACUUGGGAUCCGGCCGUGGCAGCACCGUCUUCGACAUCAUCAACGCCUUCAGCUCCGUUGUCGGCCGCGACCUCCCUUACGAGGUCAAGCCCCGACGAGACGGCGACGUCCUCAACCUCACCGCCAACCCUGCGCUGGCCAACAAGGAGCUGAAUUGGAAGACGGAGCUCACCAUGGAGGAGGCUUGCAAGGACCUGUGGUACUGGGUCAAGAAUAACCCCCAGGGCUACCGACAGGACCCCCCUAAGGAGAUUAUCGACGCCGUCAAGGCCACCAAGGCUUAAUUGAGAUGCGGCCAGGCCCUGUCGCCCCUUGGAUCCUGACGGAGCGAUAAGCGUAAAUGUUUUGGACAAAGCGAUUGAGGCAUUCGUGGCAUUUAGAUAUUUAGACAUGUGGCGGCAAAAAAGAGUGAAGUCGAAAUCUAAUUACAAUUUUAUGA